AUGUUUAGAUCGCGACUGCCCGGCCGCGUCGACAACCCGAUCUCCACGUUCGACACGCCUCUGGCGCCCCGCUCGGCUCCCUUGGCCAUCAUGGAUCCGCCUCACAUCACCGAGUUCGCCUCGGAAAGAUACUUCAACAAGCUAAAUCAACUUCACGAGCCAUCUUCUACCGAUGAUGGUCCUCACGCUGGACCAUCAAUCGCUCUCGCUUCCCAAAGCACGCCUGCUCCACCUUCUGAAUCCACAUUUAUUCUUCCGCUGCGCACCUCCAAGGCGGUCGACAGCGAUCACGAUACGCCACGUCCGACUGACCAGAAGCAAAAGAGCCGUUUCUUCGGCUUACGAUCGAAAGUAUCUCUACUUCAAAAAUCUGUUCCAGCGCAACACCUACAAUCUCCAACCCGUCACCAGAAAGCAGCCACAGCUGAACCCGCCAGCCAGCCUUUCGACCACCUGUUCCUCGCUCUUCCCACAGAGCUCCAAAUACAAAUCGUCUCGGCCCUACCCCUUGCGGACAUACUCAACUUGCGGCGCGUAUCCAAAACGUGGCAUACUCUCAUAAGCUUGAAUGAGGCGCCCAUCGUUCGCCAUCACCUGGACCACCACAUACCCGCGUAUGCUCUCCGCCUCUACCCCGCAAAUGAGCCGACGAAAGUUACUUUUCACCAUCUCUGUGGUCUCUGGCACCGACUGCAUGUUGCCGCCAAGCUCUCUUUCCUCAUGUGCGAAUGGAUCACAAAAGAGAUCUUCUUGCGUACAACUGACGCUCAGCGAAAAGAAUUCGCGCCUUCCCAUGAGAGAAUGCGACGGCGCCUCAUCCCACUCCUUUUUACUAUUUUCCACUUUUUCGAAACAUAUCGCAAGCUCCACCUCGAGCAUAUAUUCGAACACGGAGGUCAUGGUCUGCUCCACGAGCCAUAUACCCUCAAUCCCAUCGAGGCCCGUAUCAUGAACCUCUAUGAUGACCAAACCCUGCUUCGGGUGCAUCAAGUCUUUCCACUCGUUGUUUCUUCCUUCUGUCGUAGGCUACGACCCCCCUCGUAUGUCGGUCGUGUGGAAAGAUCUUUGCGCGGAUACCUUCGCGAAAAACCAGCAGACGAGGUGCACGUUGCCAUUCUGUGCCUUGGCGGUUUGCGUCAAGUUGAGAGACUUUGGGAGAUCAAGGGCUACAAUAGCCGCAGGGGGGCGGUCGAUAGUUGGUACAACGACAUAACUACGCCCCCACCCGAACCCACGUCAAAGCCGCGUCGAGGCCUCAGGGCUUUGGGGCGGAAAAAGUCGAACGCAUGUGUGAAGGAUGCACCUAGGUCUUCAAUAGAAGGGCGAGACGCCCGACGGGGCUCAGGCGGCUCCUUUGAAGACGCAUCACCUUCCACGCUGGAGUCGGGCCUUGUCUUCAACACAAGCCUCUCUGCCGGCAUGCCUAUGGAGAUGCUCGCUCACGAUAAUGUGCGACGUCUGCUCCCGGAUCUCCCGAAUUUGCAGCAAAUUUGGUUGACAACAGCAGAGGCUUUGAUCUUGGACCGCAACAUCGUAGACCGGCCGCAAGACAUCAAGCGCAAUGCUCAAGUCAUGUUGGAUUUGAUCAAGGAUGACGGCAUCGAGGAAGAAGAUGAGUGGUGGUAUGGUCGCGGCACGCCCGAAUCUGUGCGUCCGCCUCUUGAAGCAAUCGAGGAGGACCUUGACGAAGGGGCUUAA